AUGCCAAGAGACUAUGAGAAAAAUCUCAGUAAUCAAGAAAGUGAAUCAUGGCAGGACGGUGGGCAUGUAAGAAAAAGGUAUUAUCCGGAUGAGGGUAUACCAAGAUAUGGAAAUCAAGGAGAUAUGAGGGGUGGAAUGAGGGGAUACUAUUCCGAUGGAGGGCACAUGGCUUCUAGUAUGGGAAUCAAAAGCCGAGAUUCUGGUUUAGAUCAGGGGGUUGUCUCCAGGGGAAUUACAGGGUCGUCUCCUCCAAGGACCUCGCACGAAGAUGCAGACCUGAGCGAUGCAAUGAUGUUCCUAAACAAAAUCAAAGAGGAAUAUGCAAAUGACAUGGUGACUUAUGACAACUUUCUGGAAACAAUGAGAGAUUUUAAAUUUGGAAAGAUUGAUGCGGAAGAAGUUUGCAGAGCUGUCAGGGUUCUAUUCAGAGAUAAGCCCCAUCUCAUCGAGAUAUUUAAUGAUUACUUACCCGUACACCUGAAGUUUUAUGGAAAUCCUUCGGUAGGGACAGUUGCUCGGCCAUCAGAUAGACAAAUGCAGGGGAUAGGAUCUUCUUCGCAAUACAGAGGAGGAUUAUAUGGAUCUUCAGGAAGAAUGGGCCAUCCACAGCCAGGAAUCAAUGGACCUUCGUAUAUAAGUCCCCAUCACGGGAUUCAUCAAAGUUAUGGAAGUCAACCCCUUGUUAUGCAUUCAUCUAUGAAGAUGUCUGGGCAGGAAGGAAAGUAUGCACCCUAUGACCAAAGGAGAACAGAGGAGUUUGAAAGGAUGAAGGCAAGACAAGCACAAGAUUUUAUCCAGAAGGUGAAAAAACGCUACUCACAUAAUCCAAGCAUUUACAGGUCUUUUGUGGAGAUUCUUCAAUCUCAUCAAGUGAAAAAUGGACUAUUUGAGAAAAUGAAGGCAGAAGUCAACAGUCUUUUGUGGGAGAGUCCUGAUUUAUGCGAGGAUUUUGAGAGAAAUUUUGUCCCGUCUAGGAGACAUAUGCUGUAUGAUGAAAAAAAUAUUCUUCACCGGAUCAAGGAGCUUUUGAAAAGUAAGAAUCUUCUCGAUGAUUUUUUAAAAUGCAUUAACUACUUUAAUCAGAAAUUCAUUAAUGAAAAAGAUCUUUUGGAAUUAGUAGCACCUCUUUUGAAAAAUGAAGAACUCAUAAGAGGAUUCAAGGCAUUUAUAAACUACAAAGAACCUUUAAGAGAAACACCGAGGAGCCUUGAAAAGUACAAAAAAGAAGGAUCCUACAGAAUUCUUCCAGAAAAGAUAAAGAGUGAAAGACAGGAUCCUAUAGCUAGGGAGGUAUUGAAUUUCACAUGCAUAGGGUGCCCAACCUUCGAAUCGGAAGAUUCAAACUAUGUGUUUUUGAAGCGAAAUGUGCAUGAAGAGGCAUUGUUUAGGAUCGAAGACGAAAGAUCAGAAGCAGACUUGGCUGUCGAAAGAACUCAAUAUUUCAUAAAUGCUUUGGAGCAAAUAAUCAGCUCAAACAAAGACUCGGAAAUUAGCAUGAGAGAUAUAAAAAUGUCUCCAGGAAUUAUUAAGGAAAUUUUGAAGAGCAUCUAUGGCAAAUCUGCACAGGAAAUACUCGAAGGAAUUUUGAUGAAGCCACACAUAGCAAUACCGAUUGUAAUUAAAAGACUUUAUAUGGUGAACAAGAAGCUUAGACUUUGCAUGAAAGAAAAGAAAAAGAUAUGGAGAGAGGUCAUAGAAAGGAAUUAUCACAAAGCGCUGGAUGUUACAGGACCAUCGUAUAAAUCGUCGGAGAAAAGCAUUUUCACUACAAAGAAUAUUGUAGAGACGGGAGAGAAGGGACUGAAGGCCAUGAUAAAUGACCAAGAAGUAGUGUUGGAUGUUAUGGAUAUCUGCAAGGCUUACAUAAAAGCCAACCAGGCAGAGGGAAAGAAGAUACUUGUGUCUAAUGUGAAUUCGGCACUAGAAUCUGUUUUCAAGAAGCUUGAGGAAAAGGAAUUUUCCUUUGUUUCUGACUUCCCUCUUCUUUGCAUUUUCAGAUUUGUUAUUAUAAUAUACGAAAGACUUCUGGAGAUCAAAAAACUGGAUGUAGCCGAUUCAUUUGUAAACGAUCAGAGGGGGAGACAAAACGAAACUUCCAGGUAUCUUGAGGUCAAGAACUUGUGCCUUGAGUUUAUGAAAAAGAACGUCGAUGGAUAUACUUUUGAAGACAGAAUUAGAGAACUCACUGAUUGUAAAGGAUAUAAACUUUACAACAUAAAGAAAAUGAUUUCUAAAAUAGAAAAGCAAGCUAUAGCUCUGAGUGAAAAUAAUCAGUUGCUUAACUCGCUCAAUGGAGCGAAUGAAUUUGAUGGAAACGAAACCAUCUAUUACUUCAAAAAAUCCAACAAUACGAUUGAGGUAGGAGUUGUAGGACUCAAGGACAGUGAAAAAUGGAGCGAUUAUGUAGAGAAAUUUGAGACACUAACUCUCUGCAAAGGUAUGAUAAAAGAAGGGCCUUUUUUGCCAAGAACUUGUAAGAAGCCACCCAUAACAGGAUACUUGAAGCAGGAUCUAAAGAUACAGUUGAGCCCCGGAACUUACAAGAUUAAGUACAUUACCGAGUCGGAAUCCUUUUAUAUGAGUUCUGGGUUUUUCCCUAAAAAGGGUAGUUCUUGUGAAGGAUCUCAUUAA